CAGAUCUCAACACAAUAAUACUGCUUUAUGUUUUCAAAGAAUUUCACAUCCAGGGGUUUUUCAUCCCACCGACUCGGAUUGUUCUGCGUCCGUGAUGGCGUCUGGGGAAAGGAAAUGCCAAACUGGAGCUAGACGGGGACAGUAGGAGGGGACGCUCAUGCCAAACCUGGAGCAGGACAGGCUAAGCAAGGUAUGAAAAUUUCACCAAGCUGAAAAAAACACACAAAGAAUGGAUAACCAGAAAGUCAACGGCGUCGCUCCAAAAGAGAACAGAAGGCAACCUUCAUAUUCUGUCGAAACCCCUUACGGAUUUCAUUUGGACCUGGAUUUUGUUAAAUAUGUCGAGGACAUUGAAAAGGGCAACACCCUCAGAAGGGUUCAACUUCAGCGCAGGCCGCGUGUGCGGAGCAGUGGUAACUUGGCACGUAACCUCAGCUUGCCCGGGUACAGCUGCAGAUCCUCCCAGUGGAACUCUGCGAGCAUCUUAUUUCCCAGGACCCGCCUCGCAGACUCCCAGCAUCCGGGAGACGGAGAGUCAGCUGGUUACAGCAGGCAGUCAGAGUCUCCAUACAAAUUCUCCAAGGCUUUUGACGAGCAACCGCUGGGACCACAUGUGAGGCCAAAUCUACUGCGAGCCUCAAGUUUACCCUUAACAGUGUUAUUGAGAAAAUACUCCAACGAGGACCCGACCAGCCCCAACGGUUCCAGGGAUUUCCUCUCUCAAGAGAAUGGUUCUAUCGAGGACGUCUUCCACAGCCCAGGAGGCGUUAACGGGACAAUUCAGCAGCUGACUGCGGCUCUUCAAAGAGUCGGGGAGCUGGAAGAGGAGAUCAGGAUUAUACCAGAACUUAGAGCACAGAUAUGUAUCUUGCAGGAGGAGCAUGAGAGGCUCCUGCACACGUUCCAAUCCGAACCUGACAACGCCGUGCUUCAGGACUUUUCCAGUGUGGUAAAGGUGAGGGAAAAGAAAAAUCAAAUGAAAGAUGAUUGGAUGGACCGGGAGUACGAUCAGCUGGAAGAGAACAUCAAGGCUUCCUCUCAGCAGGUUAAUGCGAUUGCGAUGACCACAGAAAAACAUUCACAAGUGACUAAGAAAAAUCAUGAAGAUGCUGAAGAGUCCCUCAUUGAGGCUUUGCAAAAGAAAAUCACAGCUCUAGAACAAAAGCUUCAUGAACUCGAUUCUGAUCUGGAAAAGACCACAAUUCUUCUUAAGCAACAGAAACAGGAGAGUCGCUUCAAAGAUGAAAGAAUCAAUGAGUUGACCAAACAACAUGCUGAAAGCAUUUGGGUUAGACCAGACAACCUGAGGAACCUAGAGAACAAAGAAUCUCCACAAAUGUCUUCACCUGAACCAGAGGCAAGUAAAGCUUUCCAGGUGUGUUUAGAGCAAGACUUUAAACCCGGCACAUCAGCAGAAGCUGCAGGAUCCCAAGCAGACAUGGAGCACCAUGUGAAAAAAGUCAGAGAGCUCCUUCAGGAGCAGUGGGAGUGUCUCUGCAGAAACGAGGGAUCAGGAAAAGAUAUGUCCUCUAAACAUCUACACCCACGCGUCUGCUUCAUCCAAACACAGCUGGUCUCUUUAGCCAACCUUCUGACACUCUAUGUAUCACCUUCAGGAGGUGCACCACCAUCAGCUCAGGAGUCCAUGAUGGAGGACCAGCUAUCUGUGGUGGAGACAUGGGAAUGUCCUGAAGAAGACCAGGGAAGAGACCGUGACUCUGGUGAAGGAGUGGAGAGCAGCACAAGGGCAGAGGAUCCUGCGGAGGAAGGGUUUAACCAAAACAUUUUCCUAACUGAAGUAGAGCUGCCAAGUUCUACCCUGAGCAAUAGAAAAACCAGUGCAGAGACCAGGGACUCGAAAAUGGCUGAAGAACAUCAUGAACAGCAAGACAGGAAGUGUGAAGCAAAAUGUCCAGGAGGUCAGGCAGAGGACAAGCAGGACGGCAUGUGUUCAGGAUCUGAACCAGAAGAAGCACCACGUGGUGACAGCGGAAGGGGGGUGGAGAGCGACUUCAUGAACGCGUGUCACUUCCUGGAGAAGCACAUGAAUGAAGUUUCUGAACCAAACGAUGAAAUGAGGCGGGCUCUGACCAUGGUGUUCCAGCAGUGGUUCCACGUGUGUGCUGAGGAGAACUCGUGUGCCAACACGGCCGCUCUGUACGUUAACGAAGUGGCCAGUAAAACCCCUGCGGUGCUGCAGUUCCUGGUCAACAUGGUGGAUGAUAACGGAAACACGGCUCUGCAUUACAGUGUGUCGCACUCCAAAUUCAGCAUCGUUAAACUCCUCUUGGACACGGGUGUGUGUGACGUGGACCUGAAGAAUAAGACCGGGUACACGGCGAUCAUGUUGGCGUCUCUGCAGUCAGUGGACACUGAUACGGAUAUAAAGGUGGUCCAGCAGCUGAUGGAGCUCGGGGAUGUUAACGCUCGAGCAGGGCAGGUGGGUCAGACGGCGCUCCACCUGGCGGUCAGACAUGGCCGAGCAUCCAUGUUGAGACUCCUCCUGGCAAACGGUGCCAACGUUAACGCUCAGGAUCAAGCAGGAACCACGGCUCUGAUCAGCGCCUGCGACCGCGGACACGCAGACAUCGUCCGGAUUCUGCUGGAGGAUCCUGACUGUGACGUUAACCUCACGGAUAAGGGAAGCCGCAGCGCUCUGUCUCUGGCCACGCAGGCGUCGCACACGGAGAUCGCGGACCUGCUAAAGGCUCGGACCGCCAACACUAAAGCCAACGACAAAUGCAAGAUGGCGUAGAGACGAGACGCUUCGUGACUGUAGAACUCGUUCUGUGGCUCCAUGUAGAAUUCUCAUUACGUUUCUGUAAUAAUUUGAAUAAUAAGAUGCUUCUAUGAUGGUUAUUAUGAUUAUUGUGAUUAGUCGUGCCUGAGAGACGGACGUCUGGACCGGUUCAUGACUCUGACUGAUGAGACGGCGUCGCAGACGGUAAAUUAUUUCUGCCGGAGGAUUUUUAUGAAAGACUUUCUGUAUAUUUUUUUUCGCAUAUCCUGUAAAAUAAUCAGCAUGUCGCGUCCCAGACUCUUUACACCUCAGGUGUAGAUCCUCGGCUCUAUCGUUUAUAAUCCUCGUCCUAAUGCUCCGUGCUCGGGUUCGAGAGCGUUCCGUCUCAGUCAAGUCACACAGGAACAUGCUCCUGUUCUCACUUACAUUAUAGCAGCUAUAAACACUCGAACCCUCACCGGUCUCUCUUUAUUCUCUCUCUAAUGUUAAUAAAAGUGUGAACUCCUCCUCCUGCAGGUGUGAGAACCCAAAGCUCUGACACUGGAGACUCCUUCCACACUUUAUAAACAAAUGACACCAAAGGGAAAGCUGAAACGUGGUGUCGGUGCUGAAAAGUGUCUCACCUCGGGGGAAAAAACGAAUGAUCAGAUCGGAUCAUAUAACAUUCGGUUUUUCAGAAUACUUAAUACUUCUUAUCUCCCGACUGCAUUUCUGUAAAUAUACACACACAUGGAUAUUUUUAUUAGAUAAAAGUUAAAAUAAAUUUGCUAAAUACAACUUUGUGCCCUUUUAUGUCUGUAGUGUAUUUACGUUUUUUCAUUCAGAUGAAAUUUAGAUUUAGACUUCACAUGAAGAGACAUAAAUCUGAAAAAAAAAAAAUUAUUAAAACGCUAAAUCGUUAAGAUAUUGCAAUAUGAAUUCGACAGGGUUACAGACACUACAGAUUUUUUGGGAAAAGAAAAUUGCAAUAACGCUUUAAUUUAGAUUUUUUACUGGUCGUAUGCUUCUACCAACUUUAAUAUCAAUACUUAUAAAGAAAUAUAAUUCGUUUACACUUUAAAUGAUUAGUGUUUGAAGUGAGACAACGCUGUAAAAUGGGGCUCAUAUAAAAUCAUCUCUUUAAAACAGCUGAAGUUUUUAGGAAAGUGAGAUCUGUAACUUCCAGGUUGUAUAAACUUCAGAAGGAGCUUCUUUGGGACACAUAUUCUGUAUUAAAGAACCUAACCACAUCACUGGACACAACGUGCUGUUACCAUAGCAACAAUAAUACAAUAAAUUAAACCACACGUC